AUGCAUGCAUUGGACACUCCAUUGUUCCCAAACUGUCAGUGGGCGUCGAUGGUAGAAUACGAGAGCUACAACGUCGUCGGAGAUAAGUACCAUAGCAACGGCACGUUUCUUGAUUUUCCAGUACCGAAGACGUAUGAAGUGGUUCAUCAUCAGCCCAGCUUAGGGGUUUCUGUUCCGUCUGAGAGAAAUGGAACAGACAACGAUUCGGUCAUGAUCAAAAAGCUUAAUCACAAUGCUAAUGAGCGUAACCGUCGCAAGAAAAUCAGCUAUUUGUUCUCAUCUCUUAGUUCAUGUCUUCCUGGCUCUAAUGAGACGAAGAAGCUAAGUAUUCCUCGGACGGUUUCACGGAGCGUGCAGUACAUACCGGAGCUGCAAGAGCAAGUGAAGAAACUAAAACAUAAGAAGGAAGACCUCUUGGUGCGAGUAUUGGGUCAAAGAGAACGUCACGUUAAGCCGCAACCAAAGGUGGUUGCUAGUGAUGUCUCCACCGUUUUUGCAACUAUGCUUAGAGACAACGAAGUAAUGGUCCAAAUCUCGUCGUCCAAGAUUCAUAAUUUUUCAAUAUAUCAUGUGAUGAGUGGAUUAGAAGAAGAUGAGUUUGUUCUCGUCGAUGUUUCAUCUUCGAGUUCUCGGGGAGAACGACUCUUCUACACUUUGCAUCUUCAAGUGGACAAGAUUGAUCAUUACAAGCUAAUUUGCGAAGAGUUAAGUCAAAGGGUUUUGUACCUGUAUGAGAAAUGUGGAAACUCGUUUAAGUGA